CGAUGGCGUCAGACGUCGCGUGAGAAGAAAAUGAGUCGACACAGUAUUCGAUGACUCACGGGUUUCCAUUCCACGGAAGCCGCAAGGAAGAUGAGGAGGUUCGGGUCCUGUGACCUCGUCGCUUCCCGAUUCUUGGCUUUCCUCCCCUUUCUCACCCUUUCCUCCGGAUCCACCGGCGAGUCCCUCUGCCCCGCUCCCGAUCCCAUUUCCCCCUGCACUUGCGAAUCGAAUGGAAUCGUGGACUGUUCGAGAGCAAACACCAGUGAGGAGAUCUCCUCGGCCUUCGGAAACGUCACCUGGCCCUCCACUCGGCUAUCGGUAUUCAGGCUGAUGAACAAUGAGGGAGUGAAGUGCUUACCAGAAGGAAUUUUUGGGAAUGUCUCAUUCCAAGAAAUUCACGUCCUGCGUACCGGCUUGGUCACCGUGGAUCCCUCGGCAUUGCUUACAUCCAAGGACCGCCUCGAAUACCUGUCGAUCUCCAACAGCCUCCUGGAAGAGUUCCCGUUCCACAUCCUCCCUCGGAUGACCCACCUGGCAACGCUGCGCCUCGCCUCGAACGCCUUGAGGCGCGUGCCGGCCCUCGCAAGCUCCAGUCUCAGGGAUGUCAUGCUCUUCGGCAAUCGGAUAGACGCGCUCGAACCGGGAUGGUCCACGCCAGGCUUGGAGAGUCUAGACAUAAGUUACAACCCCGUCUACAAGCUCAUCCCUGGACUCUUCGAGGGCAUGCCGAAUUUUAAAUCCUUUUUGGCGUCUGCCUGCAAUCUGGGACCGGUUUUGCUCAACGGAACAUUAGCAUUCCACAGCGAUGCCUUGAUUGCAGUGUUCCUCCAAGACAACAACAUCGAGAGAUUGGAACCAGGAGCAAUUACAGGUCUCAACGGGAACGUCCAGAUUUUCCUAGACGGAAACAAAAUCACGGAUGUGACGGACGGCUCAUUCCGUUCUAUCCUCGAGGUCCUCGCCUCAGGAGAAGACGGAGCGAUCAUCCUGUGGAGUGAGUUCCGUUCCUUCGCCGAUCGCUUUCGUCUGUCUCGCUUGGUGCAGCUUCGGGGCGGUCUCCUCUCUUCUUGCAGGGAACCCGAUCAAAUGCGAUUCCUGGAUCAGGCUCGAUCCUGA